AAACAUAUAACAGUACCCAGAAAGAUACUACAAACAAAAUGAUCCGUGACCUAAGAAAGUCAAUGGGAACACUGUCCGUCAGACCACUGAUUCAGAUAUUUGAUGACGAGUGGAUGGUGCCAAUGAGGCGGGAAAACAAGUUACCAUCCACUUCAAAGGACACUGACAAAUUUGUGGAAAAAGCAUUUGAAAUUAUCUGGCUGAUGAAAAUUCAAAAUCCACCUAUAGCGUUUAAAUGGCAAACAAGAGAUGAAACUUUUGACAGAGAGAGGUUCACGUUUUAUACAAAGAGAGGGGACAAAGUUGGUCAAAUGGUAUGGCCAGCUGUCCUACUCCACAAAGACGGGCCGCUAAUGUCGAAGGGUAUUGUGCAAGCUAAAUGAAAUGUUCGUUUCUUGCAAAAGUAGCUUAAACAGUAAAAAUAUAUAAGCAUGAGAAGAUUAUGUAUAUAUCAUGUUCUGAAGGAAAACAUGUACCAAGUGAACGUUAUAACGUGCUGAAAGGAAAACACAAUUUAUUACGGAAAAUAUUUUGUCACCAUGCGCAACACUUAAUAAAGAACGUAAUAGCAGUGAUAUCAAAUGAAUUUUCAGUUCUAUAUUUCACUGUCUAAUGAGUGAGUGAUUUGUAUUGGUUUAAGAUAGUGAAAUAUUCAGCGUACGUGUACAGACAAGAUUGUAAACUCAUGACACUUAGAUUUAGAUUCAAUUAUACAAAAUUAAUCUACUCUAUCUAUUGUUUCGCUUAAUUAACACAUACACAUACUACACAAGUUUUACAAAAAUACUAAGUUUCUUUUCAACAUCAGGAGUUUGCCAUCUCCCUAAGCAUAGUUUGUCCAAUGUGUAUAAUAUUAUGAUCUGAAUAAAUAAAGUUAGAAAAGAUAAUAUCAUUUCUGACACGAAGUAUAAGAAAUGAAAUAUUUAAUUAUUGUGCAGAAAAUAUCCGCAAGUGUGUAUAAUAAGGUGAGGCUAAUUAUACAUAAUUUGCCAUUUCUGUUCUUAUUAUAUGUCAGUUUGUUUGAAAUAAAAAGUAUAAAACAGCGUAUUAUUUCAUUUCAUUUAGUCGGUAAUAGUCUAACAUAUGAGUUUGAAAACUAGUUGUAGUACGUUUUGACAUAUUAAGUUUAAUGUACUGCAAGAAUAUUAUAUAAUUAGUUACAAUGUUUUUGCAGACAGAUAAAUACAUGUGAAAUGUAUUAAAUGUUGUGUUGACAUGAGCAUUUUCUGCAAAUUAAAUGUUUUUGAAAAGUACCAAAUGUAAACGAUUAAAAUUAGAAAGAAAAACAUUUUAAAACAUAUGACGUAUUAUGCGAAACUUAACAAAUAAU